AUGGCUGCCGGGAAGUUGCUGCUCUACGCCGGGCUCGCUCUGUCUCUCUGCGCCUUGGGCAUGCUGGCCGUGGCGAUGUGCUCCGACCACUGGUACGAGACCGACGCCAGGCGCUACAAGGAGCGUUGCCAGAGCUUCUCGAGCCGCCGCAAGGACCCGGGCUUCAUCUACAUCCCUAACAACAGUCUGCCGCUGCGGGCCGGCCGGAGCGUUGCGACCCGCUGGGGUGACAAGCUGCUCCUGGCCCGCAACCGGCGGCAGCUGUUCGCCAUGAGCGCCGCCGACGAAUGCAACAGGCAGUAUAACUCCACCAACAUGGGGCUGUGGAGGAAAUGUCACCGGCUGGGGUUCGACCAGGGGAUCGAAGAUCUCAUUCGAAAAGGUUCCAUUGCGAGAUGCUCCUACAUCAAGUACCACUACUCCUCGGGCACAAUACCCAAAAACCUCUCCUACAACAUUACCAAGACAAUAAGGCAGGAUGAGUGGCACUCCCUCCAUUUGCGGCGUAUGACGGCAGGGUUCAUGGGCAUGGCGGUGGCCAUCAUCUUGUUCGGCUGGAUCAUCGGCGUGCUCGGUUGCUGCUGGGACCGAGGACUCAUGCAGUAUGUGGCUGGUCUACUUUUCCUGAUGGGAGGCACCUUCUGCAUCAUCUCCCUGUGCACCUGCGUCGCCGGCAUCAACUUUGAGCUCUCGCGCUACCCGCGCUACCUGUACGGCCUGCCCGACGACAUCGGUCACGGUUACGGCUGGUCCAUGUUCUGCGCCUGGGGAGGUCUGGGCUUGACCCUCAUCGCCGGUUUCUUUUGCACGCUGGCGCCCUCCGUGCAGCCCAUACCGAGGUCCACCUGCCCCAAGUCCCGGCAGGAGAACGGCACCGUGUGCUAA